CAUGUGAAAUGUAUGCAUUAAAUGACUUUAAGCAUGCACACAGGUAACCUUCAUGCCCCGUUAUUUAGGACUGAUAUGUUUUCAUGUAAAAUGGAAGCCAUGGAACGAAAUACAGAUGACUUAAAGCGUCCAAAUUAAGAUUACUUGUUGAAGCGGUCGUCACUGCAGGAUAAAUAGUAGUUCAACAACAGUAAACGGAAUUCAGCAUGAGAACAAACGUCUUCAAAAUUAUCAUUCUAUGCGGCUCUUUGAUACUUAUCAAAGAAGCCUUGGGGAUUGCUACAGAGGCUUGUGACACCACCUUUACGACAGCCGCAAUUGGGAUUCAAAACGCCAGCGUCAUUCUCACCGGCAUGAUGGCCUUGUACAAACCUGGAGAAGGAGGUUACGGUUGCAGCGCAGUACCUGACGUCCGAUGGACGAAGGUCUUUGAAGCAAUGCGAUGGUCCAUUGAACUUCUAAACAGAGACAGCGGCGUGUUAAAUGGAAGAAGACUCACCGAUACUUAUAUACCUGGCGUGAAAUUUGGUCUGCAGAUCACAGCCACGUGUGGCCACCCAGAGACUGCUCUCACUGCCCUGAAGCAGACAUUCCCUGCCCUGGUGACCACGGAGUCCCAGUGUGCGCCUAACGGGACCAGUGUGCUGCCAGGUGAACCAAUAGAAAUGUAUUCCACCUAUCCAACGACGACGCGAACAGGUGAAGUGUUCGCGCCAGGAUCCACCACUCGCUCGUUAGAUGACCCUGCGUAUGUGUAUGCUGUCAAACCUGCCAGACGUAUGUAA